AUGGGGGUUUUUACGACCCAGUUCAAUGAGUUGAAAAGCCUCUUAUCAAGUUGUGCUAAUAUCAACUCAAAAUCAGAAAAAUCGUCCCUUUACUCGACGUUAUUACAACUCCAAGAACACUCGACUACCGAUCCUUCCCUCCUUCAAUCGCUGACUGAUUCAUCUCACGUUCUUCUAUCGUCGAUGGCCAACGAUAUUUCAGACGAUGAUGAGGAAAUUGCUGCACAAGCCUUGAAGUGUAUGGGAUUCAUGAUUUACCAUCCCUCCAUUGUUACUGGCAUUUUGGGGGAAGAUGCUGAUAUGGUUCUAAGUUCUUUGCAGAAAGUCAUUUUAUCAACACGCAUUAAGUCUGUUUGUAAUUUAGGAGUAUGGUGCAUAUCAGUUCAACAAUUCAAUCCAUCAUUUUUAAAUUCUCAUAUCGACUCUUUAGUAAGAGCAAUAGUUCAUGCCCUUGAUAAUCCUACUGGAUCUUUAUCAACAACUUUUGAGGCUAUGCAGGCUGUGAUGAAGCUUGUGACUCAACUGAAUGAAAAGAUGAGAGAAACAUCAAACUUAUGGGCUCCUCCAAUAUACAGAAGACUUGUUAGUUCAGAUAAAAGGGAAAAAGAUAUGUCAGAAAGAUGUUUACUAAAAAUCAAAUCUACAAUAUGCCCCCCUCCAUCAUCUCUUUCCAAGGUGGUUAUUGUUGAUGUUAAGAAAAAAUUACUCCCUUCAAUGGAAGAGCUGUUGAAAAAGGGCAUGAAGAUUCAAGCAAUUCAAUCAUGGGGAUGGUUUAUUUCCUUAAUAGGACCUUAUGCCAUUAAAAAUAGGCAUUUAAUCAAUCAGCUACUAAAAAUUCCUGAACAAACAUUUUCUGAUAGUGAUCCACAAGUUAAGAUUGCUUCACAGAUUGCUUGGGAAGCUUUGAUUGAUGCUUUAGUUAUUCUUCCAACACAAGAAUACACAACAAAUGAAGAUGUUAUUGAAGCAAAUGGAUUAACCAAAAGCAUUAAACUCAUAAUGACACCUCUAAUUGGAAUCAUGUCAACCAAAUGUGAUUCAUCUGUUCACUUAUCUUGUCUAAAUACAUGGAAUUAUUUACUCCACAAACUCGAUACCUUUAUCAACCACUCUUCAAUUAUCAAAACUGUUCUAGACCCUAUGCUUGAAACAGUCUUUCUUGUGGGACCCGAUAAUCGAAACAUCUGGUCAUGGAACUUCUGCUUGGAUUUGAUUAAUAACCAUGCGGGUCAACUGGGUCAACCGGGUGAUCACCCGAUCAAAUGGAUGACAUGGAAUUUAAAUCGGUUUGACUUUUUUAUAAAAAUGGUUCAUGUCUUCAUCAAUCAUGGGGAGUUAGCAUAUGAUUCUGCUUUAAAACUAUUCCGUUCUUCCAUAAAAGGACUCCAAUUAUGUCUAGAAAACACGGGUGUUUCUUUUAGUGACAUUAUGUCAUGCAUUGAGACAAUUAUAACGUGCUUAAAGACAUUAUCUGAAGGUCAAAUCGGUCAAACUUUUCUCGAGUUUAUCGAGAUUGUUACCGAGGAAUUACAACCGUUGAUCUUGGGAUCCCCUCUUUACAAGAUGAAAUUUGAUGAAAAGAAUACGGUUUCACCCGUGGGGUAUCUUGUUCUACUCUACUUCCAUGAGACUGUGAAUUUAACUGACAGUGUGGGCCAGCUCAGGGGUUGCUGUAAGAAUAACAGUUUUGGUGCACGAAAACUUUUGAGAUGUGUGAGUUUGUUAUUGGUGUCAUAUGAUGCUUAUGAUAUUAUUGACACGUUGAUAUUUUCAUUGGAGAAAUAUGUGACACCGAACAAUUUAAAUUUGUGGAUUAUUAUUGCAAAUUGUGUGAAGGAUUAUUUAAAUGGGAAAAAAUCCGAAGUAGAUGACACUUGGUGUUUGGUAAUCUCUCGUUUUUUGGCUUACCCUUUUUGUGUAUUUCAAAUAUCACAAAAUAAGGUUGAUGUUGAAGAAAUUGUUGAAUUAUGGAUUGCGAUUUACAAGUCUUGUGAGUGUUGUGAAAGUUUGUUCCCGGUUUUUGAUCGGUUUCUUGAAGAAUAUUCUAAAGUUGAUCAAAAGAGUUAUGAAUUUCUUUCAUUGUGUGGAGAUGUGAUAACAUGUGUUCUUGAAGAUGUUACUAAAUCAUCACAUCCGUGUGGGAAGAAUAACGAUGUUGGUGGUGAUAAACGUAUCCGGUGCAUCAAAACCAGCCUCCAUUGUGUUGCCAGGUUUCUAAGUGUGUCAUAUGUGGAGGCGAAAGCAAAUCCGAAGAUUCUUGAUACGAUCUCAAGGGUUUUCUCCUCAUUAAUACGCUUCUUGGAAUCUUUUACCUUUGAUGAGAUUAUCAAUAUCAUUAUCUUUAUUGAGAUUAUAUCAAUUCCAUUGCUUCAAUGGCUAUCAGAUCACGAAAACACAAUUUAUCAACUCCAACAAUUAUGGAUCACCAUUCUUAAAUUUCUACAAACCCAUUCACCAUCAAUAGACUUCAAUUCAACCUUUUUGAAACUCCAAUCAACCCUAAUCCAAGCAACUUUGGAUCAUUCAAAUCCUUUAAUCUCUAAUCCAACAAUCACCUUUUGGAAUUCAACAUUCGGUGCACAAAUCAAGCUUGACUACCCUCAAAACUUGCUUCCCGUUUUAGACAAACUCUUCAGAAAUGGAAAAAUAAGCCUAAACAAAAAGAGUCACUCGAGAACAAAUUCCGAAAUUACCCCUCCACAGAAACACAAGGUCACCACAGCAUUCAACCGGUGUGUGAAAAGAGUAGAGCUAAUGGAGGACCAUGGGAAAGGGUUGGGGUUUAAGAGGAAAAAGUUGGAGUUAACCGAACAUCAAAAGGAAGUGAGGCGGGCCCAACAAGGGAGGUCAAGAGACUGUGAAGGACGUGGGCCCGGGGUCCGGACUUACACGAGUGUUGACUUUUCUCAAGGGAUGGAAGAGGAGUCACAAGAAGAGAGCCAAGAUUUGAGAAAUACAGAAGCCAUCUUGGAGAUGUUGAAAAGGGUUUGAACUUGAUGUUGAAUAUGGUUAACAUUAUUGUAAAAUAUGUAACGUUGGUAAUAGAUGAAUAUGUUAGGUAAUGGGUUAAUGUCGAAAUGUGUAAUUAUUUUAAUAACAAAAGAAGGCAAGGUUCAAAUUCUGUAAUUACCCAAUCUUGAGACCACC